AUGUAUUUUCCAUGCCCUGGCAGCAAGUUCUCCCGUCUCCUUGAUCGUAUCUAUCGACUCUUGGGGCGCAUCCUUUGGCCAUUGUUGGGAGUGUCGGCUAGGAAGAGGAGUUCUCAAGACUCAAGACUCACGUAUAAGAGAGAGCAGAUUUCAAGCUUCUCCACACGCAACAGCACAGGUGGCGACAGCGUUGAGUCGUUCCACGGCAACCGGAAAAUACGAACCUCAAGAAUGGGCUCCUACGGUGCACGAACUUUGGUUGGGCUAAUAUAUGCAAUGAUAACGCUCCGUGAUAUGAAGCGCCUGGCUUGGCACUAA